CCUCCAGCAGCAGCAAGGCUGUGGCAGCCUGGACCACCCGGAAGAGCAGCUGCCAUCAGUACCCAGGGGAUGAGGUGUGGCUUGGCCACAGGCCACCCAGAAGAGAAGGCCAGCCCACCCAGAGACACAGGCCAUGCGGGGCUCUGUGGAGCUGCUUGUGACUUGGUUUCUAGUCUCGGUGGCAGGUGGCACCGAGCAUGUCUACCGGCCCAGCCGCAGGGUGUGUGCUGUGGGGGCUGCCAGGGGCCCUGUCUUGGAGUCCUUUGUGCAGCGAGUAUACCAGCCCUUCCUCACCACCUGCGACGGGCACCGAGCCUGCAGUACCUACCGAACCAUCUACAGGACCGCCUACCGCCACAGCCCUGGGCCAGCCCUUACCAGGCCUCGCUACGCCUGUUGCCCUGGCUGGAAGAGGACCGGCGGGCUCCCUGGGGCCUGUGGAACAGCAAUAUGCCAGCCACCAUGUGGGAACGGAGGGAGCUGUGUGUGGCCAGGCCGCUGCCGCUGCCCUGCAGGAUGGCGGGGAGACACCUGCCACACAGACGUGGAUGAAUGCAAUACCGGAGAAGCCAGCUGUCCCCAACACUGUGUCAACACCGCGGGCAGUUAUUGGUGCCAGUGUUGGGAGGGGCACAGCUUGUCUGAAGACGGGACGCUCUGCCUGCCCAAGGAAGACUCCUCUCAGGUGGCCCCAAACCCUACAACAGGAAUGGACAGCCCGGUGAGGGAGGAGGUGCACAGGCUGCGGUCCCGGGUCGAUGUGCUGGAGCAGAAGCUGCAGCUGGUACUGGCCCCACUGCACAGCCUGGCCUCACGAGCCUUGGAGCCCGGACUGCAGGACCCUGCCAGCCUGCUGGCCCACUCCUUCCAACAGCUGGACCGCAUUGACUCCCUGAGUGAGCAGGUCUCCUUCCUGGAGGAGCAGCUGGGGUCCUGUUCCUGCAAGAAGGAGUUGUGAAGGCCACCUUGGCACCCACACUGGACUGAGCGGCCACCUCCACCCCUCCCAGCUAGACUCCAGACACUUGUUAGUGUCUCUACUCUGCCAGGUUGCUGGGACUUGGACGUGGGGUAGGGUCCUCCUGUGUGAAUGCCAGGGAAGGUACGAUGGCUGUCUACCAGUUGGUAGGGUAAGGGCCUGCCUCCAUUUCUUUCAUAAUAAAAUUAGGACUUGAA